AUGUACCUAGGUUUACUAUCGCUUGCGUCCAUUGAUUAUCUGGCUCUUGCUACCAUUGGUACUCGGUGCAACCCUGCCAUUGAUUAUGUGGCUUUUCUUGCGGUUGGUAUUCGGUCCCUUGCGUCCAUUGGUUAUGUGGCUUAUACUAUCAUUGAUGUUCGAUAUGUUGUGUCCAUUGGUUGUAUGGUUGUUACUGCCAUUAAUGUCUGGUCUGUUGUGUCCAUUGGUUGCAUGAUUGUUGCUGCCAUUGAUGUUCGGUAUGUUGCGUCCAUUGGUUCUUUGGCUCAUGCUGCCAUUGGUUUUCGGUCGCUUGCGUCGGUUCCUAUUCUGCCGCUUUUGUCCCACUCCCUGAUGCCCCAAUACGUUUUUUUUACUUGUACUUUGGUUCUUUGGAAUGAUUUCCUUACACGUCCUUGCAUUAUGAGUUGUGCUAUGACAUCUACUACAUAUUCUUAUUUUUGGUUCCUCACCUUGAUAGGGAAUACGAUUGGUAUUUUUUGGUCUAUCGGCUUGACAUAUUUCCAUCAUAGGAGGGUUAACAGCAAUAAGGUCAUCCGGAACCUCCCAAUAUCUAGGUUCUGA